GGUCACAUCCGUUGAUCACAUGACUUUCCCCGGAUAAACAGUGAAUAAAAUGUUCACCGGGCGAGUGAGUUAGAGAGUUAGUUUUUGGUUCGGGUAGCUCGUCUGGACCCUCGGCUCCUGUUCCGUUUGCUAAUAUCUGGCCAGAGCGAAGAAGAAGAAAGUUUGAGGAGUCGAGUCCAACAUGGAAAGCGGAAGCUGGACUACCGCUGCGUCCUUACUGCUGUCUGCGCUGCUGUCCGUCUGCCUCUGUGCCGUCGACCCUGCUCAGAUUGACCCUCUGGUGUUUGAGGAGCAGCUGCUGUGGGUGAGCGGAGCCCAGGGUCACGUGAACACCUACAGGAUCCCACUCAUCACCUUCACACCCAAAGGGAGCCUGCUGGCCAUUGCCGAGGGCAGGAAGUCGACGUCCGGUGACGUAGGAGCAAAGUUCAUCGCAGUGAGACGGUCCACUGACAAAGGCGACACCUGGUCUCCGACCGCCUUCAUAGUGGACGACGGGAGCUUCCCGGAUGGCUUGAACCUGGGCUCCGUAGUUGUGGACGAAGAGGCGGGUUCGGUGAUUCUGAUCUACACCAUCUGCUUCCACCUUUACCACUGCUCGCCGGCCAGCACCAUGAUGGUGGAGAGCUGGGACGACGGCCUGAGCUGGAGCCAGCCCAGAAACCUCUCGGUCCAGCUCGGCGUGAAGGCUUUCGCUCCCGGGCCGGGAUUCGGCAUCCAGAAGCGCCUCAGACCUGCGAAGGGGCGUUUGGUGGUUUGCGGCCACGGGACGAUAGAGGGCGACGGGGUGUUCUGCAUCCUGAGCGACGACCAUGGAGAGACCUGGUACAACGGCGCAGCCCUGAAGAGCAUCCCUUACAACCAGCCGAAAAAGGCUCAGGACUUCAACCCCGACGAGUGCCAGCCGGUUGAGAUGCCGGACGGCAGCAUCAUGAUCAACGUGCGGAACCAGAACAACUACCACUGCCGUUGUCGCAUCGUGGUGCGCAGUCUGGACGGGGGCGUGACUCUCCCCGUAGAUGAGCUGUUUUUCGACUACAAACUGAUCGACCCUGUAGUCGCCGCCGGAGCUCUGCAGAAAGACGGAGUGCUCUACUUCACCAACCCAUCUGACGACAAAAAGAGAAUUAAUCUGACGCUUCGAUGGUCGCUAACGGACGGAAAAUCCUGGGAGGAAAAAGCCGUCCAGAUCUGGCCGGGGCCGAGCGGCUACUCCUGCCUUACGACUCUGAACAGUGGCUCUGUAGAAGACCGGAAGUACAUCUAUGUGAUCUACGAGAAGGGCCACAAGGACAUCAUCGAGACCAUCUCGUUUGUGAAGAUCCACCUGUACGGCGGUCGUUAGUCAGUCGAUGACAUCUACAUGAACACAUUUUUUGCUUUUAAAUUGUUUGAUUCUCAAACCUUAAAGGGAAAAAGGACACAAGGAGAUUUUGUGGUGCACCAGCUUUCUCAGGACGACAAUGAGACACUUUUUAAACAUACUUCCUUUAAAAAAAAAAAAAGAUUUUGGGAAAAAGAAGUCCUGCAUUGUGAAUAUCCGGCAACUUGAUGUGAUUUUCCUCCUUUUAUAAUUUUCCUGUUUUUUUUUUUUUUUUACAAUUUUCACAGCUGAUGAAUUCUGAUAUUUUAUCUUGUUUAGCCAAAUAAUUAAUGAGCCUUAAUCUGUGUGUUAAGGGACAAAACCCGGCCAAGCAGGAGAUGCUAAGGCAGUACAAACAAAAUAAUAAUUUAGUAUGUUAUUAUUGUCAUGUGCAUUAACCUGUAUGUUUUUAAACUUUAUCUUUAAAGAUAUUUGGUAGGGUGAUCCCUAAAAAGAGCACAAAAACAUAUUUUCUCCUUCUACUUCAUGGAGAAAAUGAGCAUUUAGGUCCCAAUCCGCCAAAACAUGAUCCUCAGAGAAGGAAUACGGGGCCAAUCCAGCUGGCAUCAUGAUUGUAGCUCGCGGAUGUCGGCUGUGCUCAUUCUGAAACCUGCAUCAGGAUGCAGAAACCACGACUUCCAUCUUCAUCCAAUCUGUUUUAGAGGUUAGGACACUGGAGCUCUGAAACAAGCGAUUUUCUGGAGUAAGCAAUAUUUCUGUCUACAUACAAAUCAUAUCAGCUGGUAUUAAAAUCCCAUUACAUAAUGGAUCAGAUCUAAAAAUUUCUGAUUUUAUUUUAUUUUUCGGGGCGGGGAUAAAGAAAGAGUUUCUUUUUUCAGCAGCAUGACCUAGAUAGAUUUAGUGGGACGUGAUGUCAAAAAUGGAAGCUGGCUGAGGAAAAAUCCAGAUUCUGCUGCUGUUUGUUUGAUUUUUUUCAAAGAUCAGACGUUCAGAGUAAACAGCAUAAUUUCACGAGGGAAGAAAAAGAUUUAAGGAGGUUUAGUCCUUAAAGUUUGAGCCUCAGUUCAACCCACACUCAGAUUAAAACUCAGAGUAGGUCUGAAUGACUCACUUUUAAUAUAUGAUUUUUGAAAUCAUGACUUUUGCUUUUUUUUUCAUGUAUAAAUCCAUCCAGGUUAAAUAUAUAUUUUGUUUUUAUGUAAUUAUCUAAAAUAAUGUCCUGGUCAUGGCAUGAUGCACUUAAAUAUCUUGAUAUCUUGUUGAGUUGCAAUGUUUUGUUUUUGUUUGACUUGUUUGUGUUUGAGAGAUUGAAUGUGGCAUGAAGGUAACUCAGCAAUAUGGUCAAAAUAUCAUGGCUCCACUCAGAUUAGUUUAAGGUUUGGUCUGAUCUAUUUUCUGUCUAAAGAAAAAAUAAUACUCAACGGUUGCUUAUUGCUUGAUGUUGUUCAUCACAAGACACUUUAAACACAUUACAGUCUUUGUUUAAAUGUCUUUUAUGUUGUUUUGUCAGUGGAUGCUGGCGUUUUUGGUACCACGCUUGUCAGAGAUACUUUUUCCCUCUUCAGACAUCUGAUAUGACUUCAUAAAUUUUAGUUCCCGACAUUUUGUUAUUUUAAGGAAUUUAUGUAAAAAUGGAAUAAAAUCAGUUUUCUGAUCA